CUCUCCAGACUGUGCCACUGCUGGGGCUCUCUCCAAGGCAGCUCAAGUCUCCAAGCACAUCUCGUGCAUCACCAAGGCUCUGCCUGCAGCCUGCCAGGAUGAGAAACCCCUGCCUCUUCCUGCUGCCCCUGCUCCUGCCCUUGGUCUGCACCCAGGGAGACGGCAAGGAGCUGGAGAACACCGGCAAUUUCAUGGAAGAUGAGCAAUGGCUGUCCUCCAUCAACCAGUACAGUGGCAAGAUCAAGCACUGGAACCGCUUCAGAGAUGAGGUGGAGGAUGACUACAUCAAGAGUUGGGAAGACAACCAACCAGGAGAUGAAGGACUGGACACCACAAAGGACCCUUGCCAGAAAGUGAAAUGCAGUCGACAUAAGGUUUGCAUAGCCCAUGGAUAUCAGAAAGCUAUGUGUAUAAGUCGGAAGAAGUUGGAACACAGAAUUAAACAGCCCAACAUUAAACUGCAUGGGAACAAAGAUAACCUCUGCAAACCAUGCCAUGUAACUCAGCCAGCGUCCGUCUGUGGUUCUGAUGGACACACAUACAGCUCUGUGUGUAAACUGGAGCAGCAGGCAUGCCUUAGCAGCAAACAGCUGACUGUCAGAUGCCAAGGCUCAUGCCCGUGCCCAACAGAAAACACUCCUACGACGACCACCACCACCACCACUGUGGAUACCAGCAAACAAGGAGAAACAUGCACUGGUCAAGAUUUAGCAGAUCUUGGAGACCGUUUAAGGGAUUGGUUCCAGCUGCUUCAUGAGAACUCAAAGCAGAAUAACACAGCAAAUCCUGGAGCAAAGCAAGUCAAUGUGUUAGACAAAACCCUGGUGGCCAGUUGCAAAGACUCAAUAGGCUGGAUGUUCUCGAAGCUGGACUCCAACAAUGACCUCUUUCUGGACCAAGCAGAGCUGGCAGCCAUCAACCUUGACAAGUAUGAGAUCUGUAUCCGGCCCUUCUUCAACUCCUGUGAUACUUACAAGGAUGGGCGGGUAUCCACUGCUGAGUGGUGCUUCUGUUUCUGGAGAGAGAAGCCUCCAUGUCUUGCUGAACUUGAAAAAGUACAGAUUCAAGAAGCAGCAAAGAAGAAGCCUGGAGUUUUCAUCCCCAGCUGUGAUGAAGAUGGAUACUACAGGAAGAUGCAGUGCGAUCAGGCCAGUGGGGAGUGUUGGUGUGUGGAUCAGCAUGGCUCUGAGCUAACAGGCACCAGAAUACAUGGGAACCCAGACUGUGAUGACGUUGUUGGAUUCUCUGGAGAUUUCGGUAGUGGUGUUGGCUGGGAAGAUGAAGAAGAGAAAGAGACAGAAGAUGCUGGUGAGGAAGCAGAAGAAGAAGAGGGCGAGACAGGCGAGGCAGAUGACGGAGGAUACAUUUGGUAGACCCUGAACAGCACAGCCCUAUAUGGGCCAUGCCACCAAGUUUGGAAGACUGCAGUAAAUAGUUAUCAGAUGCCACAGCGAUCAGGAAACACAGCUGAAUGUACAUUAUAAUUCAACAGAAAUUGUGUGUGUGAGCAUGCAAGUGUGCCUGUUGACUGACUGCUUUGAAAUUGCAGCUCAUUUCCCUCCCAUAUUCUGAGUGAGCUGGUCUACAGCAGACAAAAAAAACACGUUUAUUCAUUUUCCUUUAAAAACAUGGCGUUGUUGGCAUAUAAUCUAACAUUGGAUUAUCUCAUUUGUUAUCUCCAGAAUCAAGCACACAUGUCUGACACUCUUUGUCCUUGGGUUUAGAGCUAGUUUUUAGCCACAAGACAGACAUACAUUAUACAAUGUUUCUGUAGUUGAUGAUGGUGGAAAGAAAGUACUAAUAUGUAGGUAGGACCAUAAGAACUAUUCUCUAGCUUGACGUCUUCACUGGGGUUUCAAACAUUUGCUUUAUAUGAUGCAUUAAAGAGUUAUUGCAAUCUCAGACAUUUAUGGCAUGUCCACGAGAUAUGCCAUAAUUCUGUUAUAAAUGCCCUAACUCUGGGAAUUGCAAUAUAUCUCUAGCAUCGGGCUCCCCAAAGUUGUCCAUCUUGUAUACAGCGGCCAGAGUCAGGAAUAUGGAAACAGUUGAGUGUGCUGUGGUAUGCUGUUUCCGUAAAUCUCAUAGAAGCAAAUAUAAGUACAGAAACAGCAUAUCCCAGCAAGCUACACGGUUUUCCUAACUUGUGAGAAACAGAAACAGAGUAAUGUGGACAGCUUGGUUGCUUAUGAAGUCCCAACCACCUCUGGCCACCACAUCUAGACCAGGAUAGCCUCGUUUUAGAUAGAUGCAGGUCCCAGAUGUGGGAUCCACAUCCUAGCAGACAUUUAUGGCAUAUCCUGUGUAAUUGCAAUUGAUAUCUGAGGUGGGAAUAAUCAUUUAAUGUAAACCUUGUGCUUGCUGAUAGUUCCAUGCGAAAUGUCUUCCUCCUCCUCAUAAUAGUAAUGUCACAAUUAUGACAUUCUGAUUUGGAUGGGAAGUAACAUGAUUUGUAGACCUCAAGUCACAGUUGGUUUGAAGUCUACCACUAGAGUUCACUUACCUGAAUAGUCACAUUAAUCUACUGUUUUCAUUAUUAUGUGCAGCAUGUCAUCAAUUAGAUCCAUUGUGUUUGCUUCCUAAAUUAAUAUAUCCUUUGACAACAGAAAUACCUAUUAACAUAUUUAGUAGAAUACAUCUUUAUGAAACUUGCAAACAGAAAUAUAUUGCUCAUCAUAUACCUGUAAAUAGUACAAAUAUGUAAAAAAUGAAUUAAAGAAAGCGCUAUUUUUCCACCUACAUCUACAACAGUAAAAAGGGGCUAUUUUGCGAUCAUCGCAUUAUUGCAAUUAUGUAUUAUGAUACUUGUAGGCACCAUAAAAGAGUAGUUUGACCAGUCCCACUCCUCUCCUGUUGAAGGUGCAGCAAAUGUUAUUGUCACGACAGAGGGGAGGGAUAAGUGCUGCCCUAAACUCCACCCCAACUCUGUCCCUGCCUACUUGCACGGCCCGUCCUAACCGACGGCGUACAACUUGGCGGAAUUCCCUCGCUUAGAUACAUGCAGGGGCCUAAGAAGAUAAGAGGAAUACCGUAAUAGAGUCAGGAAAGCCAAAGUCAAAGCAAGGAGGUCACGCAGGUACACAGGGAGGAAUACAAUUACGAGGUCAAAACACAAUCCGGAGUCAGAAGCCAAGAGGUCACGUCAAAUCCAGGGAGGUCACAAGGUCAAGGUAAAAAACAGAGCCUAGGUCCAAGAACACAGUAAUGCACAAUAGGAAACUGCUGGUGAUGUUAGCAAGACCAAUCACAGGCAACCUGUGGCCAGCAGGUUACCUGUUUAAAUAGGUCCUUCUGAUGGGUCAUGUGACGUGGCCAGCAUCACAUGACCCAUCCCCCGCAAUUCAGAACAGCUGAGCGCCGACUCAUCAAUAUCGGCGCUCAGUUCCCCACGUGCUCAUUGCCUAGGGGAUGGAGGACGCCGGCCACGCCGUGGAAGCGUGUGAGGCCGGGUCCUUCCCGCCCUCUGGUU